AGAAUUACGUCGUCCACCAAAUUCGUGGGAUAUAUUUAAGAAGUUGCAUAAAAGAAAGGAUGGCAGCUUUGUUGAUGCCAAGUCUAAAUGCAUUAAUGAUAAAAUGGAGGUUGUCUUAGCUGCUGCUAUUUCUAGCUCCUCAAAUGAUUCACAAGAAGUUCAAGAACUUGAUAUAAAUAACUUAUACUUUGAUGUUGUGGGUGGAGAAAAAAAACGACGUGUGUAUGGUUUAGGCUCUCAAGGUUUGGCGUUGUAUCAAGAUCAAAAUUCUGUCACUUCGCGCAAUUUACCUGCGGUGUCUGAUGAUGUUGCUGAAAAGCGCAUUAAACUACUUGAGGAAGAAGUGUUGCAUAUGAGAGAAAAUCAAGAGAGAAUUCUUCAAGAACGUUUAGAGGCGGAGGUGCAACAACGAGUAGAGCACGAGGUCUCGCGUUUGAGGCAACAAAGUGAUGAUCGAUUCAAGUCUAUGGAGGAACGAUGGUCUCGCAUGAUGAGCGAGAUGGCGUUAUCCUCACGCUCAUCUAGUAAUCCUUCUCCUUAAUAGGAAAUGACCAAAUGUUUAUGUGUUUAAAUAUUUGUACACUUUUGCUUAUUGAAG